CCAAAAAAUUGAGAAACAAUGAGAUAUUAAGCAUUAAUUAAUCCGCCCCCUGUUUAAUUAGCGAUACAACAAAACACAACAUUUCCUUCAACUCCUCACACGUAAUAAUCCGGCUAGCAGAGACAGAGAACCGCGAUCGUGAGCUUCUCAUUCCGGUGGCGGACUACGGCGACGAAGAUGCAUCGUCCAAACCCUCCUCGUCUUCCUCCUCCUCCUACCGCACCGGCCGCGAGUGUGAUCCUAUUUCCAGUAGCGAUCACUAUCUAUAUGGUGGUUAUUCACUUUUUGGAUAGCUUCUUCUCUCCAAUAUAUGCUCAACUUGGAUUCAACAUUUUUGUUACGUCAUAUUCUGGAAAGCAUUCCUUAAACCCCAUUAUUGGAUUGGUAUAUUCUAACUUGCAGUAGUCGGUUUGAUUUUCUUCAACUUGGAUGCUUAAUUGUCUUAUUCUUAGAAAAAGGUUUUUGAUUGCACGAGUGACCAUAUAUCUUAUCUAGAGUAUGUAACAAUAAGAAGAGAUGGGAACAAAAGAGAGAUCUGGAAUCACUCUGGCCUUUGGCAUCACACCAAAGGUGCACUGGAAAUCAACUCAAUAGAGCAAUUAGAUAAAUUCAGGCACCACAGUGAAGGUGACGAAAUUUGGAAUCACUCCAAGUCAUCCUGUGCCUCACACAUAAGCAGGAAAUCCAAAAGCUUACAAAGUAGUUCCUUUUUCAUCUAUGUAAUCGGAGGAGCCUCAUGCACCAUUGGGUCGAGGAGAGGAAGCUUUCUACACCAAAAAGAUGCCAAAAAGUUUGGAAGCAAAAGAAGGAGCUUUGAAGUCUUAAAAAAUGCACUGAAAAAUGGAAGCAGAAGAGAUUCCAAGCAAAAGGUUUGACAAGGAAGAAAAAGCUAAAAAGUGGAAAGUGACAGCAGAGAAACCUGAAGAAUGAGAGGCCAAGACGAAAGAAAAGGCUUUGAGAUCUGCAGAAUGAGAAGCUUUCAACUUUCUCGAAGAUAGAAAGGAGGCAAUUGACAAGAAGGUUGAUAAGAUCCAAAAGGUGACUUCGGUUAUUAGGAACUCACCAGAGACAGAUAUAGUGAAAUCUAAAAAUGUGUCAAAGUGUCCAGAGGAUCUCAUAAGCUAAACCACACAAUUGAUUCCUGGUCGAAAGAGAUGAGUUUCGAAGGGCAGCAGUAGAAGGACAUUGUGAAAGACUACUUGGAAGGAGCUCUUGAUCGGGAGAGUUCUCUUGUCAUGCUUAGCAAGUUGCACAGGAAGCUUCAGAGUAUGUCUCACUUGAACAAAAAAACACAAGUCUGUGAUGGAAUUUGAAAAACCGAGGCGUUCUGCUGAUGGUUUUCGAGGAAUGGAAAUCAAGAGCUUAAGAAGGUGAUCAGAGACAGCCUUGCGAGGCAGAAACUGAUGGAAAAUAAUCUGUCGAAAAGGGUAAACUAUUUUCGAUAUAUGGAUUCGUGCUUGGAUACUCCCUCCACCGGCCCAACCCAGAGUUCUAUGUUUCAUACCACCAGUGACUCCACCAUUGCAGCAACAACAGCUGCUUCGCAAAAGGAGGGGAAAGGGCCGAGUCUGAUUGCCAAGCUCAUGGGAAUUGAAGAGUACCCCUCGAGACCUUUGCAGGCUGCUCUGAAGAAACAGUUUGAGGAAGGUGAGAAGACUGUUUCAAGUCAAUAUCUUGGCAACCAAUUACUGCGACAAUCACAAUCUCGAAACGCUCAUCUCAGAAAUGUAGCAUGUAACUCAACUGAGCGGAAAAGAAAUCACUUAAAGAAGGAAAAUCCAGCCAAAAAUCCUGAAGUAACUAAAUCAGUUACCAAAAAUGUUGUGAGUGAAGAAAGUGAGAUGAGAAUUAUUACGGACUAUAAAAGUGACGCUUCCCCAAUCAAAGCUGGUCUUGCAGACGAAAACCCUAGGGAAGAAGAAACAGAUGCCUUUGUAUCUCAGAGUGAGUGGAGGGCAAUCAAUGGCAUACAGAAUUUCAAACUUCUUGGUAAAUCACGGAUUGUAUGAAGAUAUAUGCAUCCAUUCCCUCCAAGCUUUGAAAGGCCACUGAGGCUAGGUAGGGUAUGAACAUCAUUCCCUCCAAGAUCCUUAGGGAUUGCAUCAUCAGGUAAUUUGGGCAAAUGACCAGGCACAGUACGCAGAGAUAAAAGUGAGAUUCUUCAAUCCUACUAUGGAAGGUGGUACUUGUCUUAUGGCUGUAGAAUCUGCUUCAAGAGCCCCAAAGAACCUCAAACUCCAAAGUAAAAGCUUGAAAAGAUAGUCUUCAUAUUGCACGCAUCAACCUCAGGAUAUUACACAAGCUGAACUUCCACAUUUGGUGGUAUAUCAGGGAUUGUACGAAGGUUAAAGCAAUUAUGUAACCGCAGAGUUUCAAGCUUUGAAAGACCACUGAGGCUGGGUAGGGUAUGAAAAACAUUCCAAGAAAGAUCCAAAACUUGUAAAGAAAUUAGACUCCCAAGAUCCUUAGGGAUUGCGUCAUCAGCUAAUUUGCACCAUGAGAGAUUUAAUUCCCUUAAAGAGUUUAAUCCCAGUAACGAAUGGGGCAAUUGAAUACCGCUCAAAUUACACUCCAGAGAUAAACGAGUGAGAUUCUUCAAUCCUACUAUGGAAGGUGGUACUUCUUUUAUGGCUGUUUGCUCUGCUUCAAGUGUUCUCAGCGAUAUCAUCUCCCCUAUAUCCUCAUGUAGUUCUCUGAAUUUCCAACAUCCAUUAAGAAGAAGAGUCCCAACAGAUUUCAAUUUAUAGAAAUCCAUUGGAAGAGAACGAAGAUUGGAACAACUUUUAAGGUUCACCAAAGAAAGUCUUUUAAGAUGACCAAUGGAGGGGUGAAUCUCGGACAAACUAAUACAGUAUUCCAAUAUCAACUCUUCAAGAUUUGGGAUUUGUGAAAAGUCCGGUGAUUUCUGUAAGGAACGGCAACAGCGGAGAUCAAGGAUUUUCAAGUUAUGUAGUGACUGUUGCAGAAAAUCAAAAGAAAAUUGAAAUUAA